CAUGAGUCAACCUUCCAUGUGGUAAAUAAAUAUCUGAAUUUUACCAUGUACCCAAGGGUCAUCUUGAAGGAAACCUUGUACAAGAAAUCACAGCAGAAGAGAAGAACUUCACCAUGCAAUUACAAAGAGAGAAUUUUCGUGUUCAAUACACAGGAUCUGACAUACUUUGAACAUCGACCUGGGAAAAGGCCAACUCAGAAAGGUUGCAUUGAGCUAUCGCACAUCAAGUGUGUGGAGAUUGUAUGCAGUGAUGCUCCCAUACCUUGUGAUUAUAAGUACCCUUUCCAGAUCGCCCAUGACAGCUACUAUCUUUACGUCUUUGCUCCAGACAAUGACUGCAGGUUAAAAUGGGUCAGAGCUUUGAAAGAAGCGACACAAUGUAACAACUUGUUUGUGAAGUAUCAUCCUAAUUUCUGGGGAGAAGGGAAAUGGAGAUGUUGUCAUCAGACAGAUAAACUGGCGACGGGAUGCAGUGAAUAUUAUCCUAAUGGAGCCAAACCUCUUCCACCAACUCCAGAUCCAAAGCACCGAUUUUUAGAUUUAGAGGAGAGAAUUGUUGUGGCUUUAAGAAAUUUCAACCCUGAAGAAGAUACAGACCUUCCACUGCACAAAGAUGAAGAGUAUAUUGUCAUUGACAGUUCAGAACCAAACUGGUGGACUGUGAGAGACAAAAAUGGAAAUGUUGGCCCAGUGCCUUGCAUAUACAUUGCAGAAAAAUUUUCAAAUGACAUUGAGAAAUUUGAAUGGUACAAUAAGGACAUGACCCGGACAGAGGCAGAGGAGUUACUAAUGAGAGAGAACAAGGAUGGAGGUUUUAUGGUUCGUGACUCGAGACAUGCUGGAGUCUACACAGUGUCGAUAUUUACCAGAGCUUCAUGUACCUACAAGUCUGAUGGAGAAAAGUGCCCCGUAGUAAAGCACUACCAGAUCAAAGAGACAGAGGGUGAAAACAUCAAGUAUUACUUAGCUGAGAAAUAUGUGUUCUCCAGUAUUCCUGAGCUCAUCCGUUAUCACCAACACAAUUCAGCAGGUUUGGUAACCAGGCUGAGGCACUGUGUCUCUAGACAUGCUCAAAACUCUUCAAGGAUCAAGGAGCUGUCAUCAGAGAAGUGGGAGAUUCACCCAGAUGAACUGAUUUUAAGUGAGGAAUUGGGCAGCGGACAGUUUGGCUUGGUUUGGAAGGGAUACUGGCAUGAGCAGCAGGUGGCCGUUAAGACUGUUCGUGAGGGUUUCAUGUCAGAGGAGGAAUUUAAAGAGGAGGCACAUAUUAUGAUGAAACUGUCCCACACUAAGCUGGUACAGUUGUAUGGAGUAGUCACUCAGCGCUCACCAAUGUAUCUGGUAUUUGAAUUCAUGGAAAAUGGCUGCUUGACAGACUUCUUGCGUGACAAAAAAGGCAGUCUUUCCCAGGAGGUACUCCAAGGGAUGUGCUUGGACGUAAGUGAGGGGAUGGCCUACCUGGAAAGCUCCAACUUCAUCCACAGAGACUUGGCUGCAAGAAACUGUCUGGUUUCUAAUGAUCAUGUGGUGAAGAUAUCAGAUUUUGGAAUGACCAGGUUUGUGCUAGAUGACCAGUACACCAGUUCAUAUGGGACCAAAUUUCCAGUCAAAUGGUCCUCUCCAGAGGUUAUACGAUUUGGGAAGUAUAGCAGCAAAUCAGAUGUGUGGUCAUUUGGUGUGUUCAUGUGGGAGGUGUACAGCGAGGGACGUGUGCCCUAUGAUAACCGUAGCAAUUCAGAGGUGGUGGAGGCCCUCAACGCAGGACUGCGGCUCCUUCUGAGACCCCGCCUCUGUCCACAGAGUGUGUAUGAUUUAAUGCAGUGGAGCUGGAAAGAGAAACCUGAGGAUCGCCCCUCCUUUGCUCUGCUUCUACACGAACUGGCCUGCCUUGAUCAAGAUCCUUGAUUCUGAUCUCACCAUCACCUUUAUCUAAUGUUGAAAUUAUGAAAAUAUUGUAUAUUGUACAAAUUAAAUAUUGUAUUUAUUUGUAUAUUUUAUUUAUUUCCCAGAUUUCUUAUUUUGUCAUAUAUUAUUUCACAUUAUCAGUCACUGAAUGGCAUUUUUCCUGUUUCUAUACAUGCAUGACUUCCCAGACAUUCUACAUUUGUCCCUUAGGAGGCACACAUGAGUCAUAAAAAUGUCUCUUGCUUAUUAGUGUAAUGCUGUUACAAUGUAUUUAACAAAACAUCACAUUUACUAAUUUUUGCACAAGGUUGUACACACAAUAAACUCAAUCACACUUACCUGCAUGAAGUCAAAUUAAGUAAUACUCAAGCUGAAUUGUUGAU